AUGUCCCAUCAAGACGGCAAAGAGGAGUUGAAGGACUCACAAGAGACCAAGAAACUCGUCUCGCAAACUUCGACUGGAAGUAUUCGCAAUGAGCCCGUACCGGGAGAGGGUGAGAAGUCCACACCCGAAGGGAACGUGAAAAUCUCAGGUGGGGAAAAGCCCGGCGAGAUAGAGUAUCGCAACGCGCUGCAAACAAAUCUUUUGGCCCUUGGGCUGUGCUUGGGGAUGUUCGUCGUGGCCUUGGAUAACACUGUGAUUGCAAUCGCUAUUCCCAAAAUAACCACCGACUUUCACUCCCUAGACAACACCGGCUGGUAUGGCUCGGCCUACAUGCUUACCAACUGCGCCCUGCAGCCCAUGUUUGGCAAAUUCUACACCCAUUUCGAUGUCAAGUGGACAUAUCUAUCCUCCUUGGCAGUCUUUGAGUUUGGGUCGGUCUUGUGUGCUGCAGCGACGAACCCGGCAAUGCUGAGCGCCGGGCGCGCCGUGGCCGGUGCCGGUGCUGCGGCUCUCUUCAACGGAGCCAUGAACAUCAUCAGCUACAGCGUGGCUUUGAGAAAGCGUUCAAUUUACAUUGGACUCCUGGCUGGCAUGUACAGCAUCGCUUCUGUCGUGGGCCCGAUCCUUGAUAGUCUUCCCGCUGGCGCAGUUACCGCAAUCAGCGUUGUAUUCAUCUUCUCCACCUCUGAGAACAAAGCAUCGAGAUUGACCUUCCGGGAGAAGCUCGGCAAACUCGACAUGGUCGGCAUCGUGCUGUUCAUUAGCAGCAUUGUAUGCCUGCUCUUGGCACUACAAUGGGGAGGGACCACCUACUCCUGGAGCGACUCUAGAGUCUGGGGCUGCUUUCUUGGCUUUGGACUAAUCGGUACUGCAUUCGUUUGGCUUCAGCUCCGGCUAGGUGACGAUGCCACCAUUCCACCCAGCAUCAUCAAACAGCGGACAAUUUGGUCUAUACUCUGCUUCGAGCUGCUGCUGGCGAUCGGCCUCUACUUCUUGGUGUAUUACCUGCCAUUUUACUUUCAAGCCGUGCGGCUUCUCUCCGCCCAAGCCUCCGGGAUCCGAAUGAUCCCGCUUCUGGUCUCCGUCACCAUCGCCUCCAUCGUGAGCGGCGGCUUGACCACCGCCACCGGCCACUACGUUCCCUUGCUCCACAUCAGCGCCGCCAUGUUUACCAUCGCGGCCGGCCUCUGCUCCACCCUCAAGGUUGAUUCAUACGCCGGCGAGUGGAUCGGGUACCAGCUGCUGGCAGGUAUCGGAGUCGGGUUGUCCCUGCAGGUUGGCUACGUGGCGGCUCAGGUGGUCCUGGCACAGGAGCAGCAGGCCACGGGAGUCGCGCUCGUCUCGUUCUGCGCCUCGCUGGGAGGCGCUCUGGCCGUGUCGUUGGGGAACAGCGUCUUCUUGAACGCCUUGACGGAUGAGCUGCGGAGUCGGAUUCCCGAUUCGGACGUCGUAGAGAUGGUCAUACGGGCUGGCGCGUCCAACGUCGCGUCGGAAACUCCGCCCUCAGUGCUGCCCGAGGUCAUAUUCAGCUACAACAGGGCCAUCACUAGGGUCUUCCUCAUCGCAAUUCCGAUGGGAGCUGCGUCCCUAUUCUUUUGCCUUUUCACCGAGUGGAGGAAGAUUGAUACCAAGAAGAAGCCGAGUGACGAGGGAUCUUUGGAUGAUUCGAGGGCGGCAGUGUGA